CAGACCAUGUCUCUUCUCGUCCUCGCACGCCGUUGAAUAUAAAUCCUCUCGACCGAGAACCUCGUCUGCAACCUCCACCUCUCAUCAGCUCUCAGCUUACAUGGCGUCUCCUCGCUCCAACGUCACGGGCCUCGACGCAGUCUUCCGCUUCUUCGACAAAGACGGCGACGGGAAGAUCUCCGCCGCGGAGCUGACCCUCUGCAUGAGGACGGUCGGCGAGGAGUUGUCCCUCGAGGACGCCGAGGCCUUCGUCGCGUUAGUAGACGGCGACGGGGACGGGCUGCUGGGGUUCGAGGAGUUUGUGAAGGUGGUGGAGGUGGAGGGGGAGGAAGAGACGGAGAGAGGCUUGAGAGCGGCGUUCGAGAUGUACGAGAGCGAAGGGGAGGGCUGCAUUACGCCCCGGAGCCUGAAGCGGAUGCUCAGCCGGCUGGGCACGUCGAGUGGCAUCCACGAGUGCGCGGCCAUGAUCUGCAGGUACGAUCUCGACGGCGAUGGAGUGCUGAGCUUUGAAGAGUUCAGAAGCAUGAUGACGAUGGUGUGAGCGGUGGGUUUGAUUUGAUGAUGGAAUCACAUGAUCUGUGAAGAGGAGGAUUGGAUAUUGGACUAUUCUUUCGUUCUUAUUAAUUUAUGCAUGUAUGUAUGGGGGUAAUUAUAGAUUAGUUCCUGUAGUUAGAUUUUUUUUUAGUAUUUCAAUUCUUGGACUUAAAAAAUUUGUAUUGACAUACUAUAAUUAUAAUUAUAAAAGUAAAACAUAU